CAGCAGCGUCAUUUGCAGCAUGAAGAAGGAAGGAGAAUGGAAGGUGCUCAUCAUGGACCACCCUAGCAUGCGCAUCCUCUCAUCAUGCUGCACGAUGUCUGACUUCGUGGACAAAGGGAUCACGCUUGUGGAAGAUAUUAAUAAGCGCCGGGAGACAAUUCCCAGCCUGGAGACCAUCUACCUGUUCAGCCCUGUGGAGAAGUCGGUGCAGGCUCUGAUCAAUGACUUCCAGGGCACCCCCACCUUCACCUACAAGGCGGCUCACAUCGUCUUCAUCAACACCUGUCCUGAGCCUCUGUUCAAUGACCUGAGGAAGUCACGAAUCACCAAGGCCAUCAAAAUCCUCAGGGAGAUCAACGUGGCCUUCCUGCCCUACGAGAGCCUGGUGUACUCCCUGGACGGGCCACAGACCUUACACAACUGGUUCAGCUCCUACUGCUUCUUGGAAAAGAACAAGCAGAUGGAGAUGCUGGCAGAGCAGAUUGCCACAUUGUGUGUAACCUCGAAGGAGUAUCCAGCCAUCCGCUACAGGAAGGACCGUGAAGAUAACUUCCAGCUGGCGCACGCUGUGCUGGCCAAACUCAAGGCAUUCAAGGCACACGAGCCCAGCAUGGGAGAAAUCCCCAGCAAAGCCUGCUCUCAGCUGCUGAUCGUGGACUGGAGCUUUGACCUGGUGUCCCCACUGCUGCACGAGCUCACCUACCAGGCCAUGGCCUACGACCUGCUCAGCAUCGAGAAUGGCACCUACAAGUAUGAGACGAUGGGCAUCAGCGACUCGCAGGAGAAAGAGGCACUGCUGGACGAAGACGACGAACUCUGGGUGCAGCUACGCCACAUGCACAUCGCUAACGUCUCCAAGAAGGUGACCGAGCUGCUGCACACCUUCUGUGAGAGUAAGGCCUUGCUGACCAAGGACAAGGCCAACAUCAAGGACCCGUCCCAGAUCCUGAAGAUGCCCCAGUACCAGAAAGAGUUGAACAAGUACUCCAUGCACCUGAACCUGGCCGAGCACUGCAUGCAGCACUUCAAAUGGACAGUAGAGAAGCUGUGCAGCGUGGAGCAGGACCUGGCCAUGGGGACAGACAUGGAUGGGGAGAUGAUCAAGGACCCCAUGAAGAUCAUUGUGCCCGUCCUGCUGGACCCCAGCCCCAUGCAGGCCUACGACAAGAUCUGCAUCAUCCUGCUCUACAUCUUCCUGAAGAAUGGUAUAGGCUUGGGGAACCUCAUCAGGCUGAUCCAGCAUGCCAACAUCCAGCAGCUGGGCAACAUCAUCCACAGCAUGCAGUUCCUGGGCAACUCUCUUGUGCCUCGGAGUGGGCAGCUGCGUCCUGAGAGGAAGAUGCGGUUGGAGUCCACCUACCAGCUCUCCCACUGGACCCCCAUGCUCAAGGAUACCACGGAGGACAUCGCUGAGAACAAACUGGACAAGAAGCUGUGGCCCUUUGUGUCAGAUCCAGUCCCUACCACCAGCUCCCAGGCUGCUGUCAGUCCCCGCUUCGGGCAUUGGCACAAGAACAAGCCAGCGGCCAAGUACCGGACAGGCCCAUGCCUCAUCGUCUAUGUGCUGGGUGGAGUGUCCAUGUCUGAGAUGUCUGCGUCCAAGUUCCCUUUAUUCCUUUUCCCCUUCCACACUCCCCCCUUUUGUGCUUCCAGCACAACUGCCAAUCUUAAACCUCCAUGUUCAUCGAACCUUAUAUUUCGGAUUCCAGAUCAAAUGCUUCAGCCUCAUGGGUUUUGGUUAGAUGCAACGACAGUGCACGGUUAG